GAAAAAAGAAAAGAAAAGGAAAUGCAGAUAAGGAAUUUUCAAUGCCCUGACAGCCAACAUGACCCGGUAAAUAUGGAACCAAAAUUCUAGAAUCAACCGUUUUCUUCUUCACGGAGCAAACCAAUUGUAAAACAAGCUCCAUUGACUUCCUUCUUUAUAAACCCAAGAAAAAGUCUUUCAAGAAAAAGCACCAAAAUUCAUUCUUGCAGAACUUAAUAUCAAAAUGGAAGAAAUGGGUUCAGAGAAGAGGAGGUUGGUGGUGAUUGGAGGAGGUAUUGCUGGUUCCUUGCUUGCCAAAUCUCUCCAAUUUCAUGCUGAUGUCACCUUUAUUGACCCGAAGGAGUAUUUUGAGAUCACAUGGGCAAACUUGAGAACAAUGGUGGAGCCAUCAUUUGGGGAGAGAUCAGUGAUCAAUCACAGAGAUUACUACACGAAUGGCCGUAUUGUUACAUCUACUGCAAUUGGCAUUACUGAAACGGAAGUGUUGACAGCAGAUGACUUUUCCAUUCCCUAUGACUAUCUUGUCAUUGCCACAGGCCACAGGGAUCCUGUCCCGAAAACUAGGAUGGAAAGACUUAAGGAAUACCAAGCAGAAAAUGAAAAGAUUAAGUCUGCUCAGUCUGUUUUGAUUGUUGGAGGGGGUCCUACUGGUGUUGAGCUUGCUGGAGAGAUUUCUGUUGAUUUCCCAGAAAAACAUGUUACCCUGGUGCAUAGUGGCUCAAGGUUGCUGGAAUUUAUUGGCCCAAAAGCUUCUGACAAGACACUGCAAUGGUUGACAUCGAAGAGAGUUGAUGUGAAAUUGGAGCAGAGAGUUGAUUUGAACUCUGUUACAGAUAGUAAUGGUAGCAAAAUAUAUCACACCACAGCUGGAGAAAGUAUCAGAGCAGAUUGCCAUUUCCUAUGCACCGGGAAACCACUGGGUUCAGGAUGGCUUGAGGGCACUAUUUUGAACAGUAACUUGGAUAGUCGGGGAAGGUUGAUGGUUGAUGAGUAUUUGAGGGUCAAAGGUCGAAAAAAUAUAUUCGCAAUUGGAGAUAUUACUGAUGUUCCAGAAAUCAAACAAGGGUACUUGGCGCAAAAACAUGCUUUGGUGGCAGCUGCGAAUCUGAAGCUAUUGAUGUCUGGAGGCAAAGAACGAAAGAUGUCCUCUUAUAAACCAGGUUCAACUACGGCAAUUGUUUCGCUGGGCAGAAGGGAUGCUGUAGCACAAUUUCCAUACACAACCCUCAUUGGCAUUGUUCCUGGUAUGAUCAAAUCCAGAGACUUGUUUGUGGGGAAAACAAGGAAGCAAAGGGGUCUACAACCUCAUUAAUUUAUACGCUUCAUGAGUUGAAAUGAAACACAUACGGAUUGUAUCUAAUCCUAAAGUGAGCUGAGUUACAAUUCACAGCAAGUAUAGAGUUUAUUGAUGUUAUAGGUUGUGUGUAAAACGCCUUUUUUUUUUAAUGGGAUUGAGUUGAUUCUGUAAUUUUUUGUACAUUCGGAUGAUUAAAUUUAAACCUAUGUUUCUUAUGUCA